UCUAUUUACUAUUUUAAUAUUGGCAACAAUCGAUAAAUUUCACAUUUCUCUUUUCCCUAUGCUCUCCAAGUUUGAGUGGUAAUAAUGCCGGUGAAGAAGAUGUGAUGAUAAAAUGAUAUGAAGUUUUUGAGAGCAAAUCAAUAUGGCCCUCAAAUUGGGAAAGUGCAGACUUUGUCUGAAGCUUGGGGAUUUCUACUCCAUCUUCACCGUCGACAAUGCUGUUCAGUUGGCCGAGAUGGUGAUGGAAUGUGCGCGGAUUAAAGUGUUCGAAGGCGAUGGGUUACCAGACAAGAUUUGUUCUGAAUGUAUCCAGAAGUUAAGCAGCGCCUAUAUAUUCAAACAACAGUGCGAAAGAUCAGAUCAAGAACUACGACGGAACUAUGUCCCACCGCCCGGUUUCAGUGACACCCCUCCAUCGACCAACAGACAAAGCAGUGACUCUGCAUUUUCUGGACACACCGAACACUCUGGCCAAGUCAAACCGUCUUCAUCAACCGAUAGCAAAACAACGCCCAAUCGCAAGCGAAGUCACGGCAGUAUCGACAAUGUUUCGGUCACAAGUCGGUCGCACGACAGACCCAGUAGCACCAAACGGGUCGAAGAACUCAGGAAAUCGCAGAAAAGAGCUAGGCUCAAUUCAGAGAAUACCGAUUCAGAUUUCGAUUACAGUGCCUCGCAGUUCUCGGCCGAAACUGACUCUGAUGAGCCCUUGUUAAGGACAGACUACAAGUGUGAAAAAUGUGACAGGUCAUUUAAAUCGGUUAAAAGUCGCUCUGCACAUAUGAAAACACAUUCCGGUGGAAAAGCAUCUCUCGGUGAAAAUGCAGUAGUCAACAUCCCAAAGAAGAAGGUUUUGGAGGACGCUAUGGACUCGGAUAGUAAAUUGAAUUGUGAAAAGUGUGGGAAAACAUUCAAAUUGAAGAUUAUGCUGAAGCGGCAUUUAGAGACAUGUGAGACUAGUCCCCACAAGAUACUAAUGGAGAAAUUAGACAAGUCACCGCAGAAAGAACUGUUAGUGUCGUUACAACCGAUCGACAUGUUACAGGCACGGAGGCUCGACUGUGAAAUAUGCACGACGAAAUUUAAAACUAUAGACAAUUUACGCAAACACAUGCGCGUGGUCCACGCCGCUGUACUCAAAAGGGAUCGCGCCGAGCCAAAAGAAGAGAAAGAAAACGGACUAACCACUGUUCCUUGUUUAUUUUGUCAGAAGCCCUUUCAAGAUUACUAUGGGCACAGUGAGCAUUUUUUGAAAUGUCCACAAAAGAGAAGUUUAGAAAGUUACAGUUGCCCCAUAUGCCAUAAAGUGUUAUCAAAAAUCAAUGUAUAUAUUCUUCAUAUGAAAAGCAUGCACUUUGGAGAACGGCUAUUGGAUGAACCAAUGGAUGAAUCGACUUCAACGCCUAAGGCAGAGUUUUUUGAAUGUCGCAUGUGUAGUAAGAGAUUAGCGAGCCAAGAGUUGCUUAUUACACAUUUAGCAAGUCACAUGUCCAAUAUGGAUAACAAUGCUGCUGUGGAUGAUGACUCAAGAGCAAGUACACCAAUUGACUCGAUAUCUGUCAAUUCAUCGUACAGCAACACAUAUGGACCAAAAGGAACACUGAAUUGCUCACAAUGUGACAAGUCGUUUAAAUACAAAAAAGCUCUCGAAACCCACGAAUUAAAACACUCAACUGGAGAGAUAGAUAUAAAAGUGGAGCCGCCAGAUAAGUCAGCAUCAACAAGCCUUUUGUCCGAGUCACAGCUACAACUGCCGCGAGCUGAGAAUUCAGAGUCAGAGUCUAGUCAUGAUGAAGCCGAGGAUAAUACGUGUGAUAUCUGCGAGAAGCAGUUCUCGUAUAGACGCUUGUUACUGCAACACAAGCGUACCAAGCAUAAUAUGAGUUCGGGCACAAAGCGAGCGAAGAUCACCUUAAAGGACUGCAUGGUCCGUUGCUUGAUAUGCGACAUCGAGAUGAAAGUGAGCGCAAUCAACGAGCACAACCAGAAGCACAUAACUGUAAACAUCAAGCCAAGAAAUAUGUACACGUGUGGAGUGGUCGAGUGUGCGGAGAAGUUCAAGAGUUGCAGUGCACUAGCGAAUCACAUAAAACUAAUACACAGGUUGAAACAGCAGCCUAAACAGUCACAGAAGCUCCCGAGGCUAGAGGGUGGGUCGGAUCUGGCGGAUUUUUGCGAAGUCGUUGUGACUAAAACGGAACCCCUGGACACGCUCCAGAGUCACAACGGCUUUGGAGAGGUUCCAGUUACAAAUGGCGAACAGGCGGCCGGACCCCUGGUCAAUAUGAGUGGGUUCACAUGCACGAUAUGCGGGAAGGUGAUGGGCACGCUCAUAUCAUUGAAGAGACACAUCAACUGGCAUACCAAUGUUGGGAACAAUAUAGAGAAAAUGAUAGAAUGUUUUGUUUGUAAGGAGAAAUUCCGCUUCCAAUGUCACUACAAACUGCACAUGCGUGAACAUUACCGAGACACAAAUCUGGAUCCCAAGUUCCUCACGUGCUCCAUCUGUAAUCGCAAGAGCAAGCAUCUACGUGCCGCGCAAGCGCACAUGAACUUCCACAAGCAAACGCGGUUCAAGAACAAAGACUAUCAGUGUUCCAUAUGCAAGAGGGUGUUCCAGUAUAGGAAGGUGUAUCUAUCACACAUGGCCAUCCAUUACAAACGAGGUGAGAGCGUCCAGAACACUAUUGUAGGUGAUGUAGUACCAAAUAAUCUCGAUAGAACUAUUUUUGAUGGUACACACACAUGCCAUCUUUGCAAGAAAGUUUGCGACUCUGAAACUUCCCUAAAACAUCACAUCAUAUGGCACAAAUCGAAAACUUCGCUCUUUGGUGCUCGUCACGAGUGCUAUGUUUGUCAAUUAGUCUUCACAAAUAAAAGGCGAUUGGAACUACACAUCAGAAGUCACUAUGAAGAUGAGAAUGGACCGUACAAAUGUCAAAUUUGCGGUAAAGGCUACAUAGACGAGGAGUACUUUAAAAGGCACGUAAAAGGUCACAACUUCGACCAUCAAUCGCACAAGAAGAGAAUAGAAAAACUUAGGAAAGACAAAGUGAAAUGUCCUAUUUGCGCUCGUUACUACCCAGACUUGGUGAAGCUUAUUCGCCACCUGAGGCGAACUCAUCCAGAGAGCAAGAUGAUUAAAGAGGACCCUGAUGCACCACCGCCCAUUUAUUAUUCUUGCAAACUAUGCGCAAAGGUAUUCAUGGAUGAAAGAAGACUGCAACAUCACGAGGAAGCUCAUUUACGGAAACCAGAGUUCUUUAAGUGUAAAUUCUGUGGUAAGAAAACUAUAUCCUUGAAAAACCAUCGAAUUCACAUCAAGGGACACUUGUGUGAAAAACAUUUGGACAAUCCACUGCAGUGUCCUCAUUGUGAGGAGACAUUUAUUAAAGGGUACGGUCUCCAUCAUCAUUUGAGGGACGCCCACGGUAUCAACGAAACUUGGAUCGCCGACCGCAAGGAGCAAACCCUGGAUGGACCACUGAAAGAAUUCCAAUGUUCUAUUUGCUUUAAAAUAUUGGCCAGUAAAGGAAACUUUGAGCGGCAUAUCGACUACCAUAACUCCUUAAGAUGCAAUUACUGUUUUGAAUAUUUCAGCACACUUCGAUUCCUAGAAGGUCACUUAUCAUUUAGUUGCGAUAAGAAAAAAUUGAUAGGGGAUAGUGAGAUCUAUCCAAAGAAAGUGAAAUGUCAUGUUUGCUAUAAGGCGUUCCAUUUACAAGUGAAAUUGGAUUGUCACUUGCGAACACAACACAAUAUUAAAGUGAACAAGGAAGCAUCUUCGGGCAGAAAAGACAUAGUGUGUGACUACUGCUUCCGCGUAUUCGAAAAUGAAGACGCGUUAACCACACACAAACUGUACCACCGCACAAUUGGCUACUACGGUUGCCUUUACUGUAAGAGAAAGUUCAAUACAAUGACUCUAUAUCGGAAGCAUAAGAACUACCAUUACUCGCAACUGAACGUGGACAAUCCGACCAAGUGUGAACACUGUGACGAGACAUUCGUGGCCUUCCGAGAAAUGAUAUACCAUAUGCGGGAUGAGCACGGCGACAAUAAGGAAUGGAUAGUCAUGCCCAAGGAGUCAAUAGAAGAGAAAUGUCCCAUUUGCAACAAGAUAUUUUACAAUUUACACAAACAUCUAACUUACCACGAGGAGAACAGGUGCAAAAAGUGCGGUGAAUACUUCUACUCGAGGAUAGACUAUGAUAAUCAUUUGUGCGCCAUCGAAAGCGACGAUGAUGGUGUGGAAAUCGUCGACGGUACGUUCCAACCGAAAUACGAAGAGUGCAGGUUCUGCUUUAAACCUGUUACAAGGAAGAAUAGCAAGCGACUCCACAAUCAGAUACACCAAGUAUCCGGCGCCAUCUCUUGUCGGUUCUGCACGUUGAAGUUCAAGACAAUGGAAGCGUUCAACAUCCACGCGUUCUCGCACAGAAGUCGAAAGUACAACAAGAAACCCAUAAAGUGUAGAAAGUGUGGCGAAAAGUUCGUCAAGUACGGUGUAUUUAUUAAACACAUGAAAAAUGAACACAAGUCCUUGAAGAAAAUGCAUUAUCGAGCAGUAGUGAAGGCGGAACGAUGCGUCGUGUGUGGCGAUGACUUUCCGAACCUACACAACCACUACCGCGCACACCUGCAGAACCAGUGUCACGGUUGCAAUAAGUACUUUACUUCAUAUAAACUGUUCUCACAACACGAAUGCGGCAAAGAGGACGCCGAUCCGUCGAAAGUGUUCACUUGCGAUGAGGAUCUCGUCGCGCUCAUCAAUUCUUACAUUCCAAAAGAUGAGAAGGACGAUGAGAAGUAUUACGGGUACAAUGAUGACGAAGAAGAAGGAGAGGACGAGCCUUUUGAAGAGAAUAAGUCCCAACACUCUCAACAGAGCGAACCGAUUGAUGAUGAGCAGGAACAUAAGAAUGUUAAAUUUUUCACCGAAUCUCAAGACGAGGAGAGCCAAGACGAGAGAAUAUUGCAUGAUAUGGUACAGUCGCCCAUAAUAUCGGACGUUCUUUCACUGUAUCAGAAAAAAGAAGACAAUGAUUGUGAAAUAGUUAAUUUAACAGAUGAUGACUCUAUGGAUGUGGAUGUGAGUGUCCCUGUCAUUACAAUCGAUGAUGAUUAAUUGUAAGUUAUUGAUUGAUCAAUGAAAAUGUGGUGUAUAUUUAUACGUGUAAAGACUUUAAAUUAUUAAUAAGUCAGUAAUGAUGUAGUAAGACGAGAUAGGCAACAAAUUAAUAUUUAUAGUAGAUAUUUUAUAUUGAUUUAUGACUAUGGUGUACUGUAGAAAGUAAGCAUUAAAAUUAUUGUUUUAGGUCUUGUCUGUAUUAUUUGUUGUAUAAAAAUUAUGAAAGCAUAGUGUAAUGAGUAAAUGUGAUUAUGAAUGCUGGAUAUAAGAGGAGGCCAGGGUUUUUAUGGACGACAGAGGCGUGCUCACGAAAUUGUUAAACUUUGACGCCUCUUCGUUGAUUCCUCUCUUAAUAUUACAUUUGAAUGUUUUAAAGCGGAAAUAUUUGAUCUUCAAAUUUGAAGUUAAUUCCAAUGAAAAUUUUAUAAAUCAUGAUAGAUAAUGAUCUGGCACUUUUACUUAUGAAUAGGUGUAUAAACUUACGAUGUUCCCUUUGCUAGCCACUGCUAGCGUGCAUUUGUUCGUAUUUUAAUAAAAACAAAAUUAUGUGAAUAAUUAAUUUAGUCCAAUAAAUAACGAAAUUAUAUAAUGUGUGUAAUAAAUAGUUCGUUUCCUGAAACGUAAAUGCAUGAAUCUGUAUAUAAUAAUUAAGUUUUAAUAUAAACAAGGAAUUAUACCAGCUAAUGGGCUGCCAUAUGUGUAACAUAUGUUAUUAUGCCAUAAACCGUUAUUAGUUCCAAUAAAUGACGUGAAAUAUGAAUGUACUCUGAUUUAUAAUUAAAAGUGAAUAAAUCUUAUCUUUAUUUA